AUGACAGAUAAAAGUUUGGAGGCUACGGAAAUAAAGGCUCGCGACUACCAACUGCGGCUUGUUGAUUAUAUUUCCAAGCACAAUGGCAUCAUUUACUUGCCCACAGGCUCUGGGAAAACCUACGUGGCCAUCCUGGCCCUCAAGCGCUUUUCGCAGGACAUGGACAAACCCCUUGAAAAUGGUGGAAAACGUGCCGUGUUUAUUUGCAAUACCGUGGAGUUGGCCCGUCAACAAGCUGUGGCCGUCAAAAAGUACACAAACUUUAAAGUCGGCUUCUAUGUGGGCGAGCAGGGCGUGGACGACUGGACGCGCGGCCAGUGGAGUGAUGAAAUUCGAGAUCACCAAGUUCUUGUGGGCACAGCCCAGGUGGUCUUGGACUUGUUCACCCAGCGGCACAUGGAUCUGAGCUCUAUUAGCAUCGUGAUCAUAGACGAGUGCCACCACGGCACAGGUCACCACCCAUUCCAUGAGUUCAUGCGGCUGUUCCUCUGCGUUGACCGAAAUAUGGCGCUCCCUCGCGUCGUUGGCCUCACCGGAGUCCUGAUCAAGGGUAAUGAGAUCAAGCAGGUGGCCAAGAAGCUCAAGGAGCUGGAGACCACGUAUCGGGGAAACAUCAUUACCGUGUCCGACACCAAGGAGUUGGAAAAUGUGAUGCUCUACUCCACCAAGCCGAAGGAGUACCUGCUCACGUAUCCCAGUCAGACCCAGUCGUUUAUGGUCAUCCAGUCGAUACAGGCACAGAUCCAGAAGUUCUUUGCGUCCCUGGACCUCAUGGACAUUGGCACUCAACCGGUGCGGAGGUCCAAGUCGUUGCAGAGCCAGCGGGAUCCGCAGAAGAAGGGCACGGUGAAGCAGCUCUUCAACGACUUCCUGUUCCAGCUGGAGAACUACGGCAUCUACGCGGCCUCCAUAGCCAUUGUCUCGCUGAUUGUGGAGUUCGAGGUGAAGAGGCGCCAGGCGGAGACGCUGAGUCUGAAGCUAAUGCACCGCACGGCCAUUUCGUUGUGCGAAAGCAUCCGUCAUGCGCUGGUGCAGAAGCUGCGGGACCUGGUGGACGACGAUGAGGAUCUGGAUGACAAGGCGAACACCGAGGAGACCAUCAUGAAUUUCUCCACCCCGAAGGUGCAGCAAUUUCUGCAGUAUCUCAAGAAGACCUUCGCCUACAAGGAUCCCAAAGAUAUCUGCUGUCUGGUGUUCGUAGAACGUAGAUACACCUGCAAGUGUAUCUACGGACUGCUUUUAAACUUCAUUGAGUCCACACCGGAGCUGCGGAAUGUGCUGACUCCCCAGUUUAUGGUGGGUCGCAACAGCAUCUCGCCGGACUUUGAAAGCAUCCUGGAGCGAAAGUGGCUGAAAUCGGCCAUUCAGCAGUUCCGCGAGGGAGACGCCAAUCUGAUGGUCUGCUCCAGCGUCCUCGAAGAAGGCAUCGAUGUGCAGGCCUGCAAUUAUGUCUUGAUUCUGGAUCCGCUCAAGACCUUCAACAUGUACGUGCAGACCAAGGGUCGUGCUCGUUCCAAGGAUGCCAGCUUCGUGCUGUUCUCCUCGGAUGUGGACAGGAACAAGAUAUCCCAGCAGAUCUGCCAGUAUCGCGAGGCCCACGCCGAGAUCGCUGCCUAUCUGAAGGAUCGAGUGCUGGAGCGAACUGAGCCGGAAAUGUACGAGAUCAAGGAGCACUUCCAGGACAUCAUACCGCCCUAUAUCAAUAAGCACGGAGCCGUUUUGCUGCCCAGCAGCGCCCUCAUCCUGCUGCAUCGCUAUUGCCAGACGAUGCCCUCGGAUGCCUUUGGAUUUGUGAUUCCCUGGCUCAAUUUGCUGGAUGAAAAUGCGCGGAAGCAACGCUUCGGUGAUUCUGCGAGGGGUAAGCAGGUUAUCUCCGUGAAUCUGCCACUGAAUUCCAGGUUAAAGGACACCAUUUACAGCGAUCCCAUGGACUGCGUCAAAUCCGCCAAGAUAUCGGCUGCCUUCAAGACAUGCAAGCUGCUCUACGACAUGGGAGAGCUGAACGAGAGAUUCCUACCCAUAACGCUGAAGGAGCGGGUGGCCACUAUUGCGGACGUUCACUUCGAGCACUGGAAGAAGUACGGCGAUGAUGUUACUGCUGCCGUUCGCAAGGAUGCGGAGAACAAGGUGCGCACCUACAAGACCGACUGCCCAGCGGAGUUCUACGACGCACGUCCUCGGGUGGGUGAGGUCUGCUAUGCCUACGAGAUCUUCCUGGAGCCGCAGUUCGAGCAGUGCGAGUACACGGACCACAUGUACACAAGCCUCCAGACGCCCAGGAACUUUGCUCUCUUGCUGCGGCACAAGCUUCCCCGCCUGGCGGAGAUGCCGCUGUUCAGUAACCAGGGCAAACUGCAUGUCCGUGUGGCGGAGGAGCCCCUGGAAGUGACUCUACAGAACGCCGAGCAACUGGAGCUGCUGCAUCAGUUCCACGGCAUGGUGUUCCGCGACCUCCUGAAGAUCUGGCAGCCGUUCUUCGUCCUGGAUCGUCGCAGCAAGGAGAACUCCUACUUGGUAGUUCCCCUCACCCUGCGCGAGGAUCAGCGGAAGGGCAUUGACUGGCCACUGGUGAGCAGGUUCCAGAGAUUGCCGCAGGUCCAGAAAUCAAGUGUCCCGCAGCGCAAGCAGCAGGCUGCUCCACGUCCCGAGGACUUUGAGGGCACCAUCGUGACCCAGUGGUAUGCCAACUACGAGGAGAAGCGCAUGCUGGUCACCAAGGUGCACCGGGAGCUCACUCCGUUCAGCCGGAUGGAGAAGAACCACCAGGACAAGUCGUACUACGAGUUCACGAUGUCCAAGUACAGCAACCACAUCGGCGACGUGGUGCACAGGGAUCAGUUCCUGAUCGAGGUGCGGGAGCUCACGGAGCAGCUCAACUUCUACGUCCAACAAAGGGGCAGAUCCUCCGCUCAAAGUAAGGCGAGGGCCAAGGUGAUGCUGAUUCCCGAGCUGUGCUUCAAUUUCUGCUUCCCUGGUGAUCUCUGGCUCAAGCUGAUCUUCCUGCCCAGCAUUCUGCGACGCCUGCACUUCCUGCUCCACGCAGAGUCCCUGCGAAAGCGAUUCAAUGCGUACUUGGGACUGGAGAAUCUCCCCCGGAAUGGAGCGGACUAUAAACCCAAACCACUGGAAAUCGACUGGUCGCUGAAGAGGAAUGUCGACCCGCUGGGCAAUGCCAUGCCCACGGAGGAUGUCGAGGAGCCGCGCUCCCUGCUAGAACCCAUGCCCACCAAGACCCUCGAGACGGCGGUGGCCAAUCUGCACAUCGAUGACUUUGAGAAUCCCUGGCAGCAGUACAUGGAGCCGGUGGAUCUGUCGCGCAAGAUCAUGGGCGCCUAUCCAGUGGAGCUGGACUACUACUACAAGUUCACCAUGGGCCAGGUGGCGCAGCUGGACAAGAUGGAGUACGAGGACAAGGAGUACUGGGCCGAGACGCAGUUCAAUAUGCCCAAGGGUAAUAUAUACGGCAGCAGAACUCCUGCUAAGAGUAGGGAACCACUGCCAGCUCUAAUGCCCGCGGGCAAGGCUUUUCCCGGGGCAGUUAACCCACUGCCCAUCCUGCAGAGAACGGUGUCCAGGCAGCACAUUACGCCCGCUGAGCAGGGAGAGUUCCUGGCUGCCAUCACCUCCUCGGGCAGUGCGGAUGUCUACGAUAUGGAGCGCCUAGAAAUGCUGGGCGACUCCUUCCUCAAGCUGAGUGCCACGCUCUACCUGGCCAACAAGUAUCCCGAUUGGAACGAAGGCACCCUCACGCAGGUCAAGUCCAAGCUGGUGUCGAAUAGGAAUCUUUUGUACUGCCUCAGCGACACGGACAUUCCGAGGAAGAUUAGCACUGUUCUGUUUACCCCUAGGUACACUUGGAUCCCUCCCAGCGUUAGUUUGCCCCACAAUGUGCUCGCUCUGUGGAAGGAGAAGCCCGAGCUGGCGGAGCUGGUGGGUCCGCACAAUCUGCGGGAUUUGGCGCUCGGCGAGGAGGAGUCGCUGAUCAAGAGCAACUGCAGCGACCUCAACUUUCGCAGCUUCGUGGAGGGCUGUCAGUCGAACAAGCACUCCCAUCACGCUGGCUCCGACUUCUCCGCCGAGGUAAACUUCUGCGUGGGUCUGGCCAAGAUUGGGGACAAGGUGGUGGCCGAUACCCUGGAGGCGCUGCUCGGGGUGAUCGUGAAGAACUACGGACUGCAGCAUGCCUUCCGGAUGCUGGAGUACUUUAACAUUUGCCGAGCGGACAUUGGAAAGCCUCUGACUCAAUUGCUGGAUCUCAAAUUGGGCGGGGAUAAGAUGCGUGCGAAUACCUCGGAGAUCGACGGCUUCCUCAUCAAUCACUCGCAUCUGGAGCAGAACCUGGGCUACACGUUCAAAGAUCGCGGCUAUCUGCUGCAGGCGCUCACCCAUCCCUCGUAUCCCACCAAUCGCAUCACUGGCUGCUACCAGGAGCUGGAGUUCAUUGGCGAUGCCAUCCUGGACUUCCUCAUUUCGGCCUAUAUUUUCGAGAACAACACCAAAAUGAAUCCAGGCGCCCUCACCGAUCUGCGAUCCGCUCUGGUCAACAAUACGACUUUGGCCUGCAUUUGUGUGCGCCACCGGCUGCACUUCUUCAUCCUGGCGGAGAACUCGAUGCUCUCCGAGUCCAUUGCCAAGUUCGUGCAGUUCCAGGAGAGUCAGGGGCACAGGGUGACCAACCAUGUGCGCAUCCUGCUCGAGGAAGCCGACGUUCAGCCGACUACGCUGGACUUGGAUGACGAACUGGAGAUGGUGGAGUUGAAGGAGGCACUGAAUGCCAUUUCGCAGGACGGUAAGCAAGAUGCUCCGCCGAAGGGCGACUUCAACAUGUCGACGAAUGUGGAUGUGCCCAAGGCAUUGGGAGAUGUGCUGGAGGCUCUGAUAGCAGCCAUCUACCUGGACUGCCGCGAUCUGCAGCGCACCUGGGAGGUGAUCUUCAAUCUCUUCGAGCCGGAGCUUCAGGAGUUCACGCGCAACGUGCCCAUCAAUCCCAUCCGCCAGCUCACCGAGCACAAGCUCGCCAAUCCCGUCUUCAGCUCGCCCAUCGUGGACCAGGACAAGGUGAUGGUCAGCUGUCAGUUCACCUGCAUGGAGAAGUCCAUCAAGGUGUACGGAUUUGGGAGCAACAAGAACCAGGCCAAGUUGGCGGCUGCCAAGCAUGCGCUCCAGAAGUUGAGUAAAUGUGAUGCUUAGGCAUCGUUUUCCCUUCUACUUUCAAAGGAUUUUUUCGAAACUGCAUUGCACUCGUUAUCUGGCUUCGAAAAAAUCCUUUUUAAGUACAAAACGGAAAGAACUGCUUUUAUGAACAAUAUCAUACGAAUUUUGUAUUUUAAUAUUUUUUAUAUUGUCCAUAAAAAUAUUAAUUUUGCAUGUAGUUUAAACAUUCUAAAUUUUAAAAUCUUUUUAACAAAAACGAAGACGGCAAAGAAAUCUUUUGAUGGGAAAUUUAGGUUCCAUUCUCAGAGAUUC